CUGGAGGAAAUUCUGUGGGAUAAGAAAUUGGAGAUGGAUAUAUACCGUUGCAAGGCUGUGUUGAGCAUUCAAAAAUCAGACCAGCUGCAUAUAUUGCAGGCUGUUAGAGAGAUAUAUGAGAUUGUGCCAGCGCGAAAAAUGGAGCGAGGGAGAGAGCCGGACGAACAAAAUAGUAUUUAUAGCGGAAACCGAUAAGAGAAUCUCCUCCAAACGUCCCAAGAAAAAGGCCAAUGCGUUCUUGUUCUGCUGCUGCUGUUGAGGAAACUCCAGCAAAGCCUACUGUGCCUUUUCCAAAGCUUAUGCCAUUUUGGGAUAAAUACGAAACAGAGGAGGUAUACAAAACAUUACCACAGAAUCCUCAUUUCAGCCCUUUAGUCGAUGCUAUAGAAAAUGCUCAGGACCGGGAAAUGUUAGCUGUUGGUAUGAUAUUGACUUUCUAUGACAUGUUGAAAGAAGUCAAAAAUCUGCCGCCCAAUGUUUCUUCAAGUCAACUAAGGAGCAUCCGAAGUUAUUUUGCCAAGGUAGAGAAACAUGGUUUCGACGUUGCAGCUCCUCUAUCACUGAUCGACAAAGCGUUGUCUCUCCAAGAUGGGCGAGAAAAGAAAGUGGAGAAAAGAGAAUGUCUUGACAAGAAGAUUGAAGCUAAGAAGACCGAAACACGCAACUUUAGAGAAGAACUGGGCAAAUUUGAAGAAGAACUGGUUGAGUUCAAGCGUAAGAUUAUGGAGUUGGAGACACAAAAAGCGCUUGCCAAAGAGGAGAUGGAAGCUGUGAAAGAGAAGGAGGAAGCUGCAGACAAAAUGAUUGAUGAAAUGAGAUCUUGUGUGGAAACCAUUGAUCAAGAGAUUGCAGAUGGGGAGGUGGAGUUCAUAACAUCUCUGUUGGCUCCAUGGUAAUAAGUUAAUGAAUAAUGACAUGUAAGCUCUUAUUAGGCUAAAUGAAGUAGAUGUAAGUGACUUGUCUAAGAUCUUUUGCGUAUCGUUGAUGAUCGAUCAGGUUUAGUUUCAUUAAUCUUUUAAAGAUUAACUAGAAAACUAGCUUUUGCUGAUC